AUGGGAUCUCUUCUGCACAAAAGUCUCUUCUCCUUCUUCUUCCUUCUGUUUCUUCUACACAGCUCUUCUUCCUUCCCUUUGUGUACAAAUUCCAGGGCACCCAUAAGAUUAAAUACGCCGUUGGCCUUCUGCUCUUAUAAUGGAAGUAGCUGCUGCAAUGCCACUGAGGAUGCUGAGUUGCAGAAGCAAUUCAGUUCUAUGAACAUUUCAGAUUCAGCUUGUGGUUCCGUUGUUAAGUUGAUCCUCUGCACGAAAUGUGAUCCCUAUUCAUCAGACCUCUUCACGGUUGAAACAAAAGCUCGCAAGGUUCCUAUUUUGUGUAGCAAUGAAAAGUCCAACGAAGCUUCAAUGGACUUCUGCUGCAAGGUUUGGAAUACUUGCAAAAAUGAAAAAAUUCAGAACUCUCUCUUUUCAGCAGCAGCUUCAGCUUCAGAGCCAAUUUCUUCUUCCAAACUUACAGAUCAUUGGAAAUCUUCAACUGAAUUCUGCAAGGCAUUGGGAGGGUCAGCUGAUACUGAAUCAAUCUGUUUCAAUGGCACAUCUGUUUCAUUUAAAAAUACAGUUGAUCUGAAUCCUCCACAAGGUAUCUGUGUUGAGAAGAUAGGAAAUGGAUCAUACUUGAGCAUGGAGCCUCAUCCAGAUGGAUCAAACCGGGUUUUCCUGUCGGACCAAGCAGGUUUGAUUUGGCUUGCAAGUGUUCCAACUCAAGAUUCAGGAGGAACUUUGGAUUUGAAUGAGUCAAAUAUUUUCCUUGAUUUGACUGAUACGGUUCACGCUGAUACUGAAUUUGGAGUAAUGGGUCUUGCAUUUCAUCCAAAUUUUACUAAAAAUGGACGUUUCUUUGUUUCAUUUAAUUGUGAUAAAGUACAAGUAGCAAGCUGUUCUGGAAGGUGCUCUUGUAACUCUGAAGUGGGUUGUGAUCCUUCUAAGCUUGAUUUGGUUGAUGGUGAUCAACUUUGCAGAUAUCAAAGUGUUGUUUCAGAGUUUACCGCUAACAGCUCCUCAUCAACACCUUCAGAGGCAACAUCUGCUAUUCCCUCUGAAGUGAGAAGGAUUUUCACCAUGGGGCUUCCAUAUACAGGUCAUCAUGCAGGUCAAAUUCUUUUUGGACCUGAAGAUGGGUAUUUAUAUUUUAUGAUGGGAGAUGGUGGAAAUAAAGGAGACCCCUUCAAUUUUGCCCAGAAUAAGAAAUCUGUGCUGGGCAAAAUUAUGCGGCUUGAUGUGAAUAAAAUACCAAGUUCAAGUGAGAUAAAUGAUCUCGGUCUCUGGGGAAACUACUCAAUUCCAAAAGACAACCCAUCUAGUACUGAUGAUAGUGAAUUGCUACCAGAGAUUUGGGCUUUGGGUCUAAGAAAUCCAUGGCGCUGCAGCUUUGAUUCCAAAAGGCCAUCUUAUUUCUUCUGUGGAGAUGUUGGCGAGGAUACAUAUGAAGAAAUCAACUUGAUUUCAAAAGGAGGAAACUAUGGAUGGAGACUUUAUGAAGGCCCUCAUCUCUUCCACCCAUCAUGGACUCCUGGAGGAAACACCUCCCUCAACUCUAUAAAUCAAAUAUUUCCUGUCAUGGGCUACAAUCAUUCUUCAGUAAAUAACAAAGAGGGAUCAGCUUCAAUUACUGGAGGCUAUGUCUAUAGGUCCAACACUGAUCCUUGUUUGAAUGGAAGGUUUGUUUAUGCAGACCUCUAUGGAGAAGCAAUGUGGGCAGGUAUUGAGAACCCAAAACUCAGUGGAAUCUACAACAGCACCAAGUUGCCAUUUUCCUGUGCCAAAGACACUCCAAUUGCUUGUGAAACUAUUGAAGGUAGUUCCCUCCCAUCAAUGGGCAUUGUGUACUCAUUUGCUGAAGACAACGACGGCGAAAUCUAUAUCUUGGCCAGCAAAGGUGUCUUCAGGCUUGUCCGGCCGAGCCGGUGCAACUACAGUUGUGCUUCAGAAAGCCAUACAGAUACUGCAAGUCCACCACGAGGCACAUCCUCCUCAACAGCUAAAUUUACAAGUAUCCACUUGAAGCUGAUGCUUUUUCUCAGUAGCUUCAUCAUUUUGUUCAAUGCCUUAUAAAGUUUGUAUGAUUUUGUUAUUUGAAAGUUGAAACGCCAAAUCUUUGUAGAUUGUAAUAGUUUAAAGGUUUUUUUUUUUUUUUUUUUCAUUCACUGAUUCUGAGCUUGAG